UUCUCUACAGGGUUGGCUCCUGGUGUCCUGGGAAAGGACCCACAAACCUCUGGGGAUCUUAUUGUAUACUCUCUGGAGGAUCUGAUAGGAUGUGACUUCAAGAGAUUUAGGAACAAAUUGUCUGAUUUCUCCUAUGGAGAUAAACUUCCCCUUCCCCUUCCCCGAGGAAGACUAGAAAAUGCAGACUGGAUCACCACCAAGGACAUCCUGAUAGACACAUUUGGAGAAGAAGAGGCUCUGGAUGUCACAAUUAAAAUCUUUACACUGAUUGGUCUGAUGGGACCCGCAAAUGACCUCCAGGAGAGGAGAGCACAAAAUGCAAAACUGAAGAAGAUGGCACACAGCAGCAGAUUAUCAGAAUUUGGAAAGGAAUACAAAGAUUCUUCGAAAGAGAGGUUCCAGAGGAUUAAAGAAUAUAACUCCCGUAUUGGGGAGGCUGUUAAUCUACAGAAAAGAUUCACAAAGUUAUUCAUGAAACAAGGACACCAGAAUAAAGAAGAAAAAGAACAAGAAAUAAGGAGUUCAGGCAGAAGACAUCUACAGAGCAUGGAGAAAAGACCUUCUGAUCAAUACUCCCCAAUCACAAUCCAGGCUCUCUUUGACCCUGAUGAAGAUGGUUUUACCCCUAAAAUUGUGGUUUUACAAGGACCUGCUGGGAUUGGAAAAACAAUGACCUCCAUGAAGAUCAUGCUGGACUGGGCCUCUGGGAAU